UAUGGCUGUAACAGUAACGUACUAUUCCUCUUAUUCCCACUAUGUGUAAUCAGGUGGUUCUUCAGGAAACCUCCUGGAUUUAAUUAAAAGCUUGGCUAGAAACCAGCUGCUGGACAAUCCAACCAUAGUCGUGUACGCUACAAUCGGGAAUGAUGUCUGCAAUGGGGAGCGUGACACAUUGGCACACAUGACUACACCCAAACAAAUGCUCUCCAAUGUCAUGCAAGCUCUGCAGUUCCUCAACACCCGUCUUCCAAAUGGCAGCCACGUGAUCCUAACAGGCUUAGUAGAUGGACGCUUUCUGUGGGAUAAUUUACAUGACAGAUACCAUCCUCUAGGGCAGUUGAACAAAGAUGUCACAUACAGCCAACUUUAUUCUUUCCUAAACUGUCUGCAGGUGAGUCCUUGCAGUGGAUGGCUGACUUCCAACGAAACCCUCAGGAACUUGACCUCGGAGAGAGCUUUACAACUCUCCAAUGUCCUGAAAGAAAUAGCGACAUCUGAGAAAUUCAGCAAUUUUGAUAUUUUCUACAUGGAUUUCCCACUGAGACAAACGGCCGAGGAGUGGCACCGCAUGGGCGGCGAGCCCUGGCAGCUCAUCGAGCCCGUCGACGGCCCUAAAACAGCCUGA